AUGUCUUCAACUUCUCCUACAACAUCAGGAGGACAGCAGACUCAACAACAGCAGCAGCCACAACAGCAGGUAUUAUCACCAGAUGGAAAGAAGGUUAACUUAAAGGAAGCCAGUACUGUUGAGGACUUUAAUAAGGAUGAUGCAAAUGGAUGGGAUUUUGGAGGCUCGAUAAGAGUUAAUACGCUACACAAGAAUGACGUCAAGCGUGGAAACUUGAUUGACGAGAUAUCCGACUUGAGGAAUGUACUUAGGAAGUCGGUAAUGGGUCCAUUGUCUCGUGAGUUGCUCACGGACAAGAUGUACAUGCCACCGGGCGACGACGAGUACGACCUACUGGACGCCGCCACAACAUCAUCGGGCGGCGGCGGCGGCGACUACCGCAUGCCACACUCAAGAAGCAACGUCAGCAUCUCAUCAAUGUCCUCGUCGCGACUCUCACAACAUCAGUCGGUGAACGAGGAAGAGAUCAAGCAAUGUGACGCGAUCGAGAGUGAGCUGAGCGAGCUGCUCACAAACAAAGCGGCCCAGGAGGACGUCCCAACGAUCACCAUCAACAAGGAGAAGCUGGUCAUGCUCAUGAAGGACUACAAGCGUUCAAAGGACGUUAUGAAGGUCAAGUCCUCGCUGAUUCAAGAGAUGGACAAUGAGCUGUGCGAGGUCAGGGGUGACCUUGAGCUCAAGAAGAAGAAGAUCCAGAUACUCAAGUCGGCUCACAACACAAUCAGACCAAGCGCCCAUCAACACGCAGUCGUCGAGCAACAACAACAACAGCCACCAGCAUCAUCAUCCAACAACAACACUAGAAUGAGCAAUGGCACUGGUACAGGUGGCCGAGUUAGGUCAUCCACUGUUGCCUCACCACAUGACACCCAAUCAUCAGGACAAAGACAACAACACGAAUCAUCAUCUUCAUCAGCAUCAAUUAAUACAUCUAUCAACAAUCUACUACAACAGACCACUUCGGCGCCGGGUGGCGUGAUCAGCGAGGACAUCAACUCAAAGAUCGUCGACGUGCUCAACACGGCCAAGUACAGGAUCGAGAGGAUACAGUUCAAGAACCGCAUGCUGCUCACGUCCAAGAUGCACACGCUGUCCAACGAGAUCCACCAGAUUCUGGACAAGCGCAUCACCAAGAAGCAGGUGAACAUCGAGCUGGUCAAGAACUCGCAGAUCGUGGCCGACUGCGACGAGAGAUCAGCAAGUCCAUCGUCAACUUUAUGA